AUGGAUCAUCUGACCGAUGCAAGCGCAUCAGAUGCAAUUCGACCGAAUCGGGAGGAUUUACCGACUGUCAACGAGAAGAUUGAAUUCCUUUGGACUUCUGACCCUAGCGGAGAGCCCGAGGCUCAAGACAUACUUGAUGUCGAAAACGAGCUUGGUGGAGAGAUACGCGAAGAUUUUAUCGUUCCGUAUCUAGCCGAUGCGCGUAGCCUUAUCGAAGACAGUAAAGCAAUUCGACAGCUGCUCGAGAAAGCCAAGACGGCCCUGAAGCUGACAAGCUCGUCGGACAGUGUCAUGGAGAAAGUACGCUCGGAAACCUACAAUGCACUCGGACUCACAGGCAGGCACUACUUCUCCCGGGCAAAGAUCGAAUGCUAUAUCGCCUGGGACCCAGCUCGGUUUCUGCUGGAUCAGUUUGAGAUCCCGACAAAGGCGGACCUGUGCAACGUGAUCACAAUCACUGGCUCCGAGGACGAAGUACAAGCAACAACGUGCUUGGAGUAUGUCCGGCAAGUAUGGCCUAUUGCUGGAGAGGAUCUACUACUUGCUGUGCGAGACUACGUGCAAAAUCAGUUGCUCAGCCCUUCCGAAUCUAUUCCGCCACUUUCAGCGGAGCUUUCCAAUAGUACGCGAGUCGAGAUCUCUCAUCAUGGAGAUUACCUUCGUGUCAAGUGCGAUGGACUCAUCCAUGCUGUUGCAGAAGCGGCCGAAGAGCUUGCUUGGCUCGGGGCUGCCUGUCGUGAAAAUUCGGCAACCGAGCAACUUGGGCUGUGUUCUGUCCAUACCCUGUCUCUCAAUAUCCUUGAACCGCAUAUUGUGAUCACUUACAGCCUCAAGAACCUGGAGGAAACAGCGACUCAUACAGGUAACGCAUGUUGCUGGCACGCACUGUUCCGAAAUGCAGUAAUUGCGCAGGGAUAUCCCACAAGACGUCGAAAUCAGAAUGAGCAGGGUCUUGAAAUUUCCUUGCAGCUGAUGUUGGAGCUUGGACAUGCAGACCAUGUGACCAUGUACAACAACGGCCUAGUCAUUGAUGGGAUGCAAUCGAUGUUUGUGCCGGUUGGCAGGUCCGAAGACACGAUUCAAUGGCACUACUUAUAUAGUGGGCAGGAUGAGUGCAUGAUGUUCAGUCGAGCCGAUGAAGUCUGUUCAAAAAGGUUGCGCAGUGAUCGUUUGGACGAGUCCGCACUCGAAGUUGGUCGCCACUUCGUAGGGUGGACGACGCAUGCUGAGAUUCUGUUCGGAAGCAACAGCACUGCAUUCAACAACAUAAAGAGCUCGAAGCUCGAUCCAUGUGGAGCCGGAUAUGUCUUAGAAAAGGCCUCGAUCAGCGGCGGUAAGUUUGUGACUUUCGGGUUCACGGUGGGGAAGGGGAAGAAAGACGAAUCUCUGCAUAUCGACCCCGGGAGCUGCUACAGGAAGAUGGUAGGCUGUGCGGCUGGCACAAACGUGAUCUUCUACGAUGCACGCGACCGCCAAGCAUGGCUAACGGACGGCGCAAGCACUCUCCUUCACCUUUCGCGCGCCCAGCUCUCACUUGACAUCUUUGAGGGCGUUGACCUACAAAAGUACCGUCCACCGGAUCCCUCGGCUGCUAGAAGUGGCUGUCAAAGGGCCUUACUAGACGAGGCCAAUCGUAUGUUGGAAGUCGACCGAGAGUAUCUUGGAACGACCGAAGAACGAACGAUCAUCAACGGGGCUUGCGAAACAAAGACAGUGGUGAAGCACAGAACGAUAUGUUUCCAGGACGUGGUCAAAGAUAACUGGAGAAUUCUUAACCAGAUAUUCUCGCUCUCCAAGCCACCCACUGGGGUCGAACUGCCAACGUCAAUCCGGAAGUAUAUCGAGGGUUUCGACUUCGCCGACAUUGUGCAUUCGGCCGAAGAAAUGACUCGACGCACAAUGCCUCUUGGCGCACACGGACGUGCGUGGCUAGACUUUGCCAGGGCAAUCGAUGCUAUUACCUUGUUCGGGAUCGGUUUCGGACAGCUCAUCGUUCCUUCUACUGGCAGCAACAGGCUAUGUGAACAUUGGAAUACAGUGCCCAAAGGCCUCGACUAUCUCACUACCAGCGUCACUCAUCUAUUGCAGCUGAGAGAACGAUUCGACGGACAAGAGAGACACCAUGAACCUAUGGAACUAUGCAAUGGCAUCUACUGGCACCGUGGCCACCAGCUCUUUGAGCACUGCAAUGGAUGCACAACUGCCCAGCCUUGCGACCGGGUACAAGGCCUGCAAACACCAAUAUUUGGGACUAAGUUCAACCCAGGUUCCAUGAAAGAUAGCCUGGCCGGCGCCGUGGUCUUCGGAAAGGCUGCGUGCCAGCCUCUCUGGAGCAAAAAGGACGGUUCAAAAGCGGAACUGCUGCCGCCGUCGCAAUUGCAAACAGAACAAACUGAAGAUGCUAUAUUAGACAGCGGCAUCGGCACCAGUAUUGACGGUGGAUUAUCCCUAAUGACCUUGUCGUCCGCAACUCAGGAAUCAGCGGGCGGGCUCUCACUCAGUGGCCGGGUCGCGCCCCGAAGCAGCAGAACUCAAGAGCCAGCCUCGGAUCCUCAGAAUCAGUUAGCCCAUCGCCAGAUUGGCCAGUCUGAGAUUUUCCAACCUGGGUGUGCAGGCGACAGCGGGCUUAAGACCCCAUGGAAAAGAAGGUUGAAAAGAUAUUUUUGGCUACGCUAG